ACAUCGGAGGACGACGAUGGGGAGUAUUUCGAGCCGGAGGAGGAGGCCACGGUGUAUGUCGGGAACCUACCCUAUUACACUGAUAGUGAGUACCUUGCCCAGCUCUUCAAGUAUGCCGGAACAGUCGAUUCCUCGGAGAUCAUUUACAACAAGGAAACAGGGCAGAGCCGUGGGUUUGGGUUCAUCACGAUGAGUACUGUUGAGCAGGCUGAGAAGGCUGUGGAGAUAUUCCAUGGCAGUGAGCUGGAUGGCAGGCUUAUGACUGUGAACAGGGCAUGUGUUUCUAGAACUGCACGGGUCGAAGAAAGACGAUCACCCCGCCGAUCCGGGUCUUCCACGUCCGUCAAAAUCUACGUGGGUCAUCUGCCAUACGAAGUGGACGACUCUCGCUUAAGGUGGCUGUUCAGCAGGUACGUCGAUGUUGAAGUCAUCUAUGACUACGGAGGAGCGGGUUGGCGCUCCCGGGGAUUCGGUUUCGUCACCAUGGCAACGCGGGAGGAACCAGACGACGCGAUUUGGGAUCUCGACAAACAGGUAUGGAGGGGGCGUGAACUGGGCGUGGAAGUUGCGAAAGAGGAGAUGCGGGGUUGGACAGCAGGACUUGGGUCCAGAUUCAGGCAUGCAGGGCACUUGCUUCCUGUUUUCUGAAAGAAAACAAGGUUGUAAUCUCGCGCCAAUCGAUUGAUGCACACAGCCAGCCAUAUGGCAUUACUUUUCUUUUCAUGAUCCAUGACAGAAUGACGUCCUAAAAACUCUGUAUUUGUCAUUUUUUUAUCAAAUUGGCGGCUGUUUUCAUGCCUAAAACGCUGUAUUUGGGGCUGAGUGGGUAUUUUGCUAUCUACCUAUCUAUCCUCCUGUAAACAGAACCUCAACAUCCGAGGGCGUGAACUAGAGCCAAGAGAGACAGCCUGGCGACGCUACUACAGAUUCCACAAUGUUAUGCCUAAGCAAGCUACAUAGAGCUAUUAUAAUACUCAAGUGCAUUUCUCAUA